AUGCCACAUCAUUGUCGUUCAAUAAAUCGAUCAACAUAUUCAUUAUCAUUAUUAUCAUUAUCACAUGACACUUGUACAUCGGCACCACGUGAACGAUCAGCCACGAUCAGUGAUGUGUCAAAGUUUACACAACAAGAUCUCAAUACCUAUGUCGAACAACGACGAAGACGACCACCGAUAACAGCACAAGCAGCAGCCGUCACUCAAAAUUAA